ACAACAGCAGCAGCCUGAUCCGCCCACAGCUGGGCUGUCAGAUUUAUAGGGAAGCGCCGAACAGUGCAGAAGUUGGUCCCACCACUGGCACUUACAGUCUACACUUCAUCCCUGAACAGCACUGCUGAUACACGAGAUGCGUCUGUAUCUUCUCUUCCUCUGGGUGUGUAUGGUGAGAGGCUUCACUGAAAAGUCUAUAUCCAGUGCUGGAUGUGGAACUGAGAAAGUGUGCUUCAGCCAGCCCCCCGACUGUGACCCCGCCGCUGACCCCAGCUGCUACUUCAUGGCCGUCACAGCUUUACCCACUGCUUCAGGAAUCUCAGUUGAGCUGCAGGGUCGAGCAGAAGGAUAUAUCUCCUUUGGGUUUUCAGAUGACCAGAGAAUGGGGAACGAUGAUAUCUACAUUUGUGGCACAGACAGUAACGGAACUGUUCAAGUACAGCAUGCCUUUUCCACUGGGAGAAGCAGACCCACAAUAGUUCCUCUGGGUAAUGUUUCAGACAUCACUGCAUCAAUGUCGGACGGAGUCAUCGGCUGUUCUUUCAUUUCAAGAAAUCCUAUCAGUGCCGGAGGGAUGACUGAGCAGAACAGCACAUACUUCCUCUUGUACGCCUACGGCUCCACUACUGAUGGUUUAAUCCAGUUUCACGGUACUAAUCGAUUUAUCAGUGACUCCAGAGUGGACGUACUGAACCCACAGAUCGUCAAACGUGCUCAUCACCCUUCAGCCAGUAAAGCCCAUGGUUCUCUAAUGCUGAUUGCCUGGAUGACUACCUCUAGCGUCGGCAUGAUCACUGCACGCUACCUGAAGGCCGUCGGCAAGGGAAAGGGCUGCAGCAGCAAAGACGUCUGGUUUCUGGCACACGUGUCUUUAAUGUCCUUCACUGUCAUUAUAACCGCAAUCGCAUUCAUCCUGGAGUUUGCUCACAUUAAGGGAUGGGCUGGAGGGGUUCACCCAGUAUUAGGAUGCCUAGUCAUGAUCCUCAGCCUGAUCCAGCCAGUCGCUGCUGCCUUCCGCUGUUCACCUCAACAUGAAAAGAGAUUCGUUUUCAACUGGAUGCAUGGUAUAAUGGCACUGGUCAUUAAAGUUCUUGCAGUGGCAGCCAUAUUCACCGGCCUGGCGCUUUUUGACGACUCUCCAGAGAAGUGGUUCCUCCAGGUGAUGGGAGGAUUUGUGGGCUGGGAGGCGCUGUUCUUUAUUCUUCAAGAAAGUAACAUGUGGUGGAAGAGAAAGGAAGAUAAAGAGUCUGCUGACGAACUGGUUAGUACAGAACUGAUCCUGCUGAUACUCUUCUUCCUUGGAAACCUGGCUUUCCUGUUGACUCUCCUGGCUGGAAUUGGCUUGUCAUAGGAUUUAUUUAUUUAUUUAUAUAUGUAUAGUUUUAGAUAUUUGGUUGGUGGUAUAUGUUGUAAACACUUUGUACUUUCUGCCAUGUGGAUGUGUGAUGAAGUAACCUGUUCCAUCCACUAGGUGGUAGACUCACACUGAAUAAUCCCCUGAUUAUAUCUGGAACUGUGUUGUUGCCAAACAGAUUACUGUAAUAUUUCCAUACUAUUUUUUUGUAAAUUAUUCUGAAUUUAUUAUAUAUUGUACCGUCAGUACCCAGUUCCAAAUGUUGUGUACCAUAUUUUGGCCAUUUAUUUUUUGCUGAGAAUUAAUACGAAUUGUAAAUAAAUAUUAAUUAUGCAUUUUCUUUCUAAACAUAUAUAAAUGUUCUGUUGAUCUGUUUAAUGAAUUCAUUAUAAACUAAUCCUGCAGCUGAUGUUCACAUUUCGAGCAUUUCUACAAAAUAUUAAAUAUUCCAGGCUAUAGUAACAAAUGAGCUUUUCAUUUUCAUACAGUACAUUUGCAACUAUUGCGGUCAAGACAGGCAAAAAGCUGUUCUCUGAAGAUUGACAGUUCAAUAAUUUCGCCUCAGAGAAACCAGGCAUCUAACUGUGCAGAUAAAAACAUGACAAACCUGUAUAAAAACCUUUAAAAAAUUGCACUUCAAAAGCGUUUGUCAGAAUUUUAGACAAUGAGUAUCAUCAUCACCUUUACAACAAGAAUAUCAUCCUGUUUUUACUCGUCUAAAAUUCUGACAACGAGUAUACUAUCAUUCCUAAAAUCCUUAUUUAACUAUUGAAAAAAACAUUUAAGCUUCAGACACAAUAGUACAACACAACCAUCUGUACUCUUAGAUGGUUUAAGUAUUUUUUGACAAACAAUGCAAUAAUAAACAUUUCAGAACUAUAUUACAUUUAUAAUGUAAAAAAUGUCAUUUGAUGCUUGUCUUUCGAAUACCUGUUUAGUUCAAUAAAAAUAAUAUUUAAAAAAAUAAUAACUAUAUCACAUGCUAAAAAAAACAAAUAUUACUGGCUGUCUUAUAUUGGGGCUACUGAAUGGAGAGAAAAAAAAAAUAUAUAUAUAUAUAUAUAUGCACUAGAUGUAUAUAUAUAUUUUUUUCUUUGCUAUAUAGAAUUUUUUAAGUAUGUAUGUAUGUUUUUUGUAUAUAUAGAUUUAUCAUUAUUUGUUUACUUUUUUCCUGACCUGUUUCUCCACCCUUUCCUCUGUACUGCUGUAACAUUGUAAAUUUCCCCAUGGUGAGAUUAAUAAAGGAUUAUCUUAUCUUGUUA